AUGCCGCUGCCCGCGGAGCAGCAAACGGGGGACGGCGAGUUUCCUGGCGGGCGGUUUUUGAAGGGGCUUCACAAGUGUUUGCAGCCCGAGCCGCCUACUUCCCGCAUGUGUGACUCGAUUCGCGCCGUUGAGAACCGCGAAAGGGCUGAGAAGCUCCUGGCUGAGGCAGGGGCCCGCCAGAGGGAGCUCCAGCUUCGCCGCCGGCGAGCUCUGCACAACAGGCAGCGGCGCUGCAGAAGCACGGACCCACCUCCACUGCGUGGAAAUCCGGAGGGUCAGACGGAGGGCAACGCACAGUCGGGGAAGGGCCAGGGCUCCUCUGUCUUAGGGUUGCUCUUGUCUCUCGGCUCGACCAGGGGUCGCGCUCAGAAGGCGACAUCGAAGCCCAGAUUCGAUUGGAGACAAAGCCUGAGCAGUGGGUUCUCGUGGGUGAGACGGUGGCCCCUGGCUGCUUUCGUGGAUGGAGAAUGCGCUGCAGGGACGGCAGAAGCGUCUUCGCAGCGCGUCGCCUCUUGGAUAGACUCGCUCGAGACAGGACGCUCGGCUGACGGCUUUCUCUCAGAUCAUUCCUCGUCUUGCUCUGCCUUUGGCUCUUCUCGCAUCUCUCUGCCAAGGCCUCCACACGCGCCUCGUUCUGGGGGAACGCCGCGACUGUCGACUUCAGCGUCCGCCACCGACGACGAAGACGGGGGCUUGUCGCUCCACUGCCCCUUCCACAGCCCACUGAGCUGUUCGUGUGCGCCUCUGCAGACUGGCGAACGAGGCGGUGCGCACGCAUCCAGUGAAGACAAUACGCACCGCGCGAAGGUGGGGCCGCGUCCCCUAGACACACGCGAGCGCCGAGACGACGCGAGGGCGUCGCCUCUUCCUGAGGACGCGCCGUUGUCGCGGAGAGCCUCCCGUGCGGCGUGCGGUCUGGCUGCGCCUGGCCGCAGGACGCUGUCCUUCAAAACGGAGCCGUUUGUGUCGGUCACCCUCGAUCUCUCGCGUCUAGAGCUUAGCGAGUCGUCGCCACCCACCCCAGUCUUCGACGAGCGCGAGAGUCUUCUCGACCUGGGGGGGAGCGGGCCCCCUUUCCCUUCGUCGCCGUCUGCGCCUGAUCUGCGUUCUUUCCAGGCUUCCUCUUGCGCCUCCUCUUCCUCCUCCGUCUAUCUCUCGCCGUCGCAUCGCGUGUGGGCAGCCGCGACCAACAGCCCGCCGCAGUCGCCGGCUGCGGCGUCGCACCCGUCUGUUCCCUCGCAGCCUCUCACCAAAUGUGUCGGGAAAGCCAGUGCAGAGUGGAGCUCUCCACGCCCUUCGGCUGGCGAGGGGGGCGACGCCGAACGAGUGGCGUCUGGUCCUGUCUCGUUCCGCGAACCGCCUCCGCCUUGCUUCCUCCAAGGCAACCCCGCAUCAGAGAUGGUUGCCGCGUUUUACCAGUUUGUGGAAGUCGCGCACCAGAUUCGGCAAGAGGCCCUGAGCGAGCUGCCGUCGCCCUCGCGGAACGGCUCUUCGGGCUCCGAAGGAGAGCAGGCCGAAGCGGAGACUUGCGGAGAAGUCGUGCUUUCCACCUCGCUGGCGGCCGCCACGGCCGCACGCGCGCAGAAUGGCUUCGCGUUCGCAUGCGAGAUAGAGAAGAUAUCGUCUUCUGGUGAAAGCCGAGAUCGGGAGGGGGGCGGAGAGAAGGCAUCUCACGGCUCUGUCGACGGGUUGGCGUCUGCGCUGGAAACCGAAGAGCUCGCAGGCAGCUACCGGCUCCUGCGCUUCCUCCAGGGAUAUGGAUUCGACGUCCAGCAAGCUGCGGAGGCCUACAGGCGCCACGUCAGCUGGCGCGUCCAGCAGCGAAUCGACACAACGAUGCGAAACUUCAUUCUGCGAGAAAUGGUCCUGCCGCUGGCUCCCGAGCGCGCCCCGGGUCAUGCGGUGGUGUCUCGGAAUUUCCCGAAUAAUCCUCUUCUCCGCACAGACUCAGGCGAACAGGGCGAGGGAGAGGAAGUCAACGACUCGAACCGACCCGAACACUGUGGGAGAGCAAGAGCCUGCGGCGAGACGGCUCACGCUGGCACGGCUCCAAGUGAAACGGCUCCGUUGACGAACGGCGUCGACUUAGAAAGCGGCUACGCUGAGAGGAGAGCGGGGAGUUCUUCGGACGCCGCGGGACAUGCAGCGACAGACGCGAGGAAUGCAAAGCGCCGGGCGACCGGAGCGGAGCACGCCGAGGCGUGCGCCGUGGGCUCCUCCCCGGCUGCCUUUCCACUCUCUGGAGGAUGCGAGUCCGCUCGCGGUUCUGCAUACUCCGCGCCGCCCGCGCGCCGGCUGCCCUGGGCUCGGUCGACGCACUCGCCCCGCAUUCUGUUCGACAAGGCGGGGAGCAUCAUCACGGUGGAGCGACCAGGUGUGUUGGAUGAGCGGCGGCUCUUUGAAGACAUUCCCGAGGAGCUUUUCUUUAGGUGGCAGUGGUAUCAGCUGGAGUUCCGAAAUGUUCUCUUGGACCGAUUGUCGCGCGAAACGGGACGCUUGGUCACGGCGACGUUCAUCCUCGACCUCCAAGGUUUCUCUGCGAAGUCCAUCAACCGCCGCACCAUCGGCCUGCUCCGGCAUCUCAUUUGCAUUUCGAAUGAGAACUACCCUGAGUCGGUCGGGCACAUCUUUUUUAUCAACACUCCGCGACUCUUCAGCGUGGUCUGGAGCACGCUCCAAGGCUGGCUGAAUCCGAGGACUAUCUCGAAAAUCCAUCUGCUGGAAGGCGACUACGAAGCUGUUUUGCGCGAGUUCAUCGAUCCGGCUUCUCUGCCACCUUCGCUCGGAGGCUCCUGCAAGUCGUCGCUCGCUCUCGUGCCGACGCUGACGGAGAGCGAGAUUCUGUCUGCGCGCGUGGGCGGCGACCCUUUGACGCUCCACGUCGGGGCGCGCCGGAAGGAGCGUCUCGAGGUCAAGGUUCCCGCGGGCCAUCGCCUCGCAUGGGCGUGGGUCAUUGUGGAGCACGACGUGGCUUUUCGUAUCAAGUGGCAGCCCGCGGCCGGCGGAGAGGAGCGCGUCCUGCUAGACGUGAAGAAGCACGAGGGCAGCAAACCAGUGAAAGGUGCUGUGCACGCAGACCAGGAAGGAACGGUUGCCUUCGUCUUUGACAACUCCUGGAGUCUCUUCUCGUCGCGUACGAUUUUUUACAAAGUAAGCGACGUGCAGAGAAUGGCUUGA